UGGACCACGCCUCUUUUUUUUUUUACAACUGUUACGUUUAUUUUUUUGUUAGUGGGUUACCCCAGUUAUGUGUGUGUGAGGGAAAGGAUAUAGUUUAAAGCACCUCCAGAUCUACCAAAGUGCCCUGACAUCUAUGAACAGUGUGCCCAUGCCUGGCACAUAGCAUCAGCACCUGGCGAGAUGGGAAGAGACUGGGCACAGAAUUCAAGCCCGACGUAGGAUACAAGUGGCUCAUAAUUAAGGUGUACCAGACAGUGUAGCUUCAAAGAAACAAGACCGCGAGGGAAGGCAACUACACUUCCUUAACCACAAUUAAGUACCUUGGAGCAGAAAGCCUGGCCUCAGGCAGGUAGGGCGGCGCUGGAGCGCUUAGCGCUUGGCGCAGCCUGGGCCUCAGCGCCUGCCGUAGGGGUGAGGGGGCGUGGCGAGACGUAGCCCCGCCCCCGGCCCAGCGUGGGGCUGCGAGGUUCGCGCCGCCACUGCUCUGUCCUCCCGGCCGGCGAUCAUGGGACAAGAGCCGCGCACGCUGCCGCCCUCCCCGAACUGGUACUGUGCCCGCUGCAGCGACGCCGUGCCUGGGGGUCUCUUCGGCUUCGCGGCGCGUACCUCCGUCUUCCUGGUUCGCGUAGGUCCCGGAGCGGGCGCGAGCCCUGGGACUCCCCAGUUUCGAGUCGUAGGAGAGCUGGUAGGACACACCGAAAGGGUCUCUGGAUUCACGUUUUCUCAUCACCCUGGUCAGUUCAACCUCUGUGCCACCAGCUCUGACGACGGGACUGUGAAAGUCUGGGAUGUAGAAACAAAAACGGUAGUGACUGAACAUGCACUCCAUCAGCAUACAAUAUCUGCAUUACAUUGGUCUCCCCGAGUUAAGGACUUAAUAGUAUCUGGAGAUGAAAAAGGAGUUGUUUAUUGUUACUGGCUUCACAGAAAUGACAACCAGCACUUCUUCGUGGAACCCAGGACAAUUUUCUGUCUUACUUGCUCACCUCAUCAUGAAGACUUAGUAGCCAUAGGCUACAAGGAUGGAAUUGUAGUCAUAAUUGACCUCAGUAAAAAAGGAGAAGUCAUUCAUAGGUUUCGAGGCCAUGAUGAUGAGAUCCAUUCCAUUGCCUGGUGCCCACUGCCUGGUGAAAACUGUUUAUCCUUCAAUCAAGAGGAAAAUUCAGAAGAACCUGAAGUUCCCAAUGGGAAAGUCCUAGAACAGACUCCAGUAACCAAAGGCUGCUAUGUGGCCACUGGAAGCAAAGAUCAGACCAUUCGAAUCUGGAGCUGCUCCAGAAAUCGGGGGGUGAUGACUCUGAAACUGCCCUUUCUGAAGAGAAGAGGAGGAGGUGUGGACCCCACUGUUAGAGAACGCCUUUGGUUGACACUCCAUUGGCCCAAGGAUCAGCCAACUCAGCUGAUAUCCAGCAGUUUUGGUGGUGAGCUGCUGCUGUGGGAUCUCACUCAGUCCUGGAGGCGGAGAUACACACUCUUCAGUGCUUCCCUGGAGGGGCAGAAUCACUCAAGGAUUGUGUUCAAUCUAUGUCCUUUACUAACUGAGGAUGAUAGACAGCUGCUGCUCUCCACAUCAAUGGACAGAGACGUAAAAUGCUGGGACUUGGCCACACUGGACUGCUGCUGGACACUGCCUUCCCUAGGCGGGUUUGCCUACAGCCUGGCUUUUUCUCCUGUGGACACAGGUUGCUUGGCCAUCGGUGUUGGGGACGGCAUGAUCCGUGUGUGGAAUACACUCUCAAUUAAGAACAACUAUGACGUGAAGAGUUUCUGGCAGGGUGUCAAAUCCAAGGUGACAGCGCUAUGCUGGCACCCAACCAAGGAAGGUUGCUUAGCCUUUGGAACUGAUGAUGGAAAAGUAGGACUGUAUGACACGUACUCCAACAAACCUCCACAGAUCUCUAGCACAUAUCAUAAGAAGACUGUGUACACAUUAGCCUGGGGGCCCCCACUACCUCCCAUGUCACUUGGAGGGGAAGGAGACAGACCUUCACUCACCCUAUAUAGCUGUGGAGGAGAAGGGAUCGUCUUACAGCAUAACCCCUGGAAGCUGAGUGGAGAGGCCUUGGAUAUCAACAAACUCAUCAGAGAUACCAAUUCAAUCAAAUAUAAAUUGCCUGUGCACACAGAGAUCAGCUGGAAAGCAGAUGGCAAAAUCAUGGCUCUUGGAAAUGAAGAUGGAUCGAUAGAAAUAUUUCAGGUUCCCAACCUCAAACUGAUCUGUACGAUCCAGCAGCAUCACAAGCUAGUGAACACCAUCAGCUGGCACCACGAGCAUGGCAGCCAGCCGGAGCUGGGCUAUCUAAUGGCCUCUGGUUCCAACAAUGCCGUCAUUUAUGUGCACAACCUCAAGGCCAUCAUAGAGAGCAAUUCUGAAUCUCCAGUGACCAUCACAGAGCCAUACCGGACACUCUCUGGACACACAGCCAAGAUUACUAGUCUGGCAUGGAGCCCCCAUCAUGAUGGAAGGCUGGUAUCUGCUUCCUAUGAUGGCACAGCUCAGGUGUGGGAUACUCUAAGAGAAGAACCUCUGUACAAUUUCCGAGGUCACCGAGGUCGACUGCUCUCUGUGGCGUGGUCCCCGCUGGAUCCAGACUGUAUCUACUCAGGGGCAGAUGACUUCUGUGUGUACAAGUGGCUCACUUCUAUGCAAGAACAUUCCCGGCCUCCACAAGGCAAGAAAAGUAUUGAACUAGAGAAAAAAAGGCUGUCUCAACCUAAGCCAAAACCCAAGAAGAAGAAAAAGCCCACACUGAGAAUGCCAGUGAAGCAGGACUCAGGCGAGGGGCAAGAAGAGGAGAGCCUGAGGGAGAGCUUGGGGCCUGUGGAGAAUGGCAUGUCAGACCCUGAAGCUGAGGAGGACAUUCAGGAGCCAGGGUCACCCUGCACGCCGGCUGCAGCAGUUUCCAGAGACCCAGUCACCUGUACUCCUGUUGCCUUGGGUUUUGAAAAGCUGAAAGUCACCUUACUGAAAAAAGAGACACCCAAAGAAAAGCCAGAAGCCUUACUGAAAAAGCGGAAAGCUCGUUCUAUGCUUCCAUUGAGUACAAGCCUGGACCACCGGUCUAAAGAGGAGCUUCACCAAGACUGUUUGAUAUUAGCAACUGCAAAGCACUCAACGGAGCUGAAUGAAGGCAUGUCUGCUGAUCUUGAGGAGAGAUUUCAUCUGGGGCUCUUCACAGACAGGCCCUCCCUCUACAGAAUGAUGGAGGCUGAAGGAAAAAGUCACUUGGAAAAUGGCCACCCUGAGUUAUUUCACCAGCUCAUGCUUUGGAAAGGAGAUCUGAAAGGUGUUCUGCAGUUUGCCGCAGAAAGGGGGGAGCUGACAGACAGCCUCGUGGCCAUGGCACCUGUUGCUGGCUACCAUGUGUGGCUCUGGGCUGUGGAGGCUUUUGCCAAACAGCUGUGUUUCCAGGAUCAGUAUGUCAAGGCUGCCUCACACCUACUGUCUAUCCACAAAGUGUAUGAAGCUGUAGAGCUACUGAAGUCAAACCACUUCUACAGGGAGGCUAUUGCAAUUGCCAAGGCCCGGCUGCGCCCCGAGGACCCAAUCUUGAAGGACCUGUACCUCAGCUGGGGAGCUGUCCUCGAAAAAGACGGCCACUAUGCCGUUGCAGCCAAGUGCUACUUAGGUGCCACUUCUGCUUAUGAUGCAGCCAAAGUCUUGGCGAAAAAGGGGGAUGCAGCGUCACUUAGAACAGCUGCGGAGCUGGCUUCUAUCAUGGGAGAGGACGAGCUGUCUGCUUCCCUGGCUCUCAGGUGUGCCCAAGAGCUGCUGCUGGCCAGGAACUGGGUGGGGGCCCAGGAAGCCCUGAGGCUCCAUGCAAGUCUGAAGGGUCAGAGACUGGUGUUUUGCCUCCUUGAACUACUAUCCAAGCACCUGGAGGAAAGGCAGAUUCCAGAAAGCAAGAGUUCCUGCUCCUCUUAUAAUACUUGGGCCAUGGGCACUGAAGGGCCUUUUGUGGAGAGGGUGACGGCAUUGUGGAGAGAUACUUUUGGCCUUGACACCCCUGAGCAGUGCCGGGCAGCAUCUCAGCAGCUGCACCACAUCAAAUACCCAUCAGCUACCAGCAACACUCCCUCCAAACAGCUCCUGCUUCAUAUCUGCCAUGACCUAACGCUGGCAUUGCUGAGCCAGCAAGCAGCCUCCUGGGAUGGGGCUGUGGAGGCACUGCUCCGGGCUGUGGUCCGGAGCCACGAUGCAGGAAACUUCACCAUCAUGCAGGAAGUCUACGCCACCUUUCUUCCUGAGGGCUGUGACUGUCUCAGAAAUAAGCUGAGUGACCAUCAGACCCCUGCCACAGCAGCUCUCCAAAGUCUGGAGGCCUUCUUUCUUUAUGGACGCCUGUAUGAACUCUGGUGGUCUCUCUCUGGGGCUGCCCCCAUAAGGACACCCACUGUUGAGCAGAGUCAGCAGGUGGACAGCACCUGCCCUGAGCAAGCUGAGCCUGACGCUGCUACUCUGCCAGAACCAGGCUGCCCUGUAGGGUCCACUGCCACACUCACAGGGGAAAGCCAGCAGGAAUUGAGCGCCUGUCAGCAGCUCCUUUCAGAAACACACGCCAGUCUCCAAGACUCAAAAAGAACUGUUGCCGAGGUCCAGGAGACCUUGGCAGAAAUGAUCCGUCAGCAUCAAAAGAGUCAGCUUUGCAAGUCCACAGCAAAUGGUCCAGAUGAGAAUGACCCUGGGCUGGAAGCAGAACGGCAUCCCUGCAGUGCUCAGGACCAAAAUAAAGGGGGAACAUUCAAAGCAGUUACUCUGCCUGAAUUAACCAAAAGGCUUACAGAGGCAAAUGAGAGAAUUGCUAAGUUUCCUGAGAGUAUUAAGGCCUGGCCUUUCCCAGAUGUGCUGGAAUGCUGCCUCGUCCUGCUUCACAUUGGAGCUCAGUGCCCUGGCUACAUGACCCAGGAGAUGCAGCAGCAGGCCCAAGAGCUCCUCCAGAAAUACAGCAGCUCAGAAAUUUACAAAAGACACUGCCAGAGCCUCUCCAGAUGAACCUUCAAGGAACUUUAAGAAAGUGUGCCAGAUUCAACAUGCUUGACACCUUUCACCUCUACCGUUCACUCUGCUCCUCAGUGUUUCUGCAGUGACCUAAAUCGUACAAAUGUGGGUCAAAUUUGCAACAGCUUUACCCUGAAACAAAACAGAAUUGAGCUCUGACCUUAGUCACGGCUUCGUACUAGAGGAAGAUCAUGAAAAGCCAGCAAUAGCAAGUCAGAACUAAUGCCUGCAGAGUGAUUGUGGUCAUCUCUAAAGCCUUAUGUAGGUUUCAUCUAAAGAGGAAAAACUGUUAAUCACCUGAAGUGUUAUGUUCUUAAACACAAGCUACCUUAUGUUUAAACUCUCAACCAUAAACAUGUCAUUCUUUGAUAGAACCACUGCA